AUGCCAGCAACCCUAACCCCACGAAUUCUCCCGCUAACCUCAUCCGCCAUCGUUACACUGACCCACACGGGCUUCCACCUGAGGGCGUCAGAGGCCAUUCCCACCGGCACUGCCCUCGUGCUGCCUCUCAACGGCGGCCUGCCCGACCCGCUGCAAGCCGCAGCAGCAGCAGCGCACACAGACGCUCAGGGCUCAGCGGCGAAGUGGGACAGCGAAGAAGACGAGGAAGGGGAGGGCGGAGUGCACUUGACAUCACUGGGCGAGGUGGAGGAGGCGGACAGCCAUGUGUCGCCGGUCACUCUGCUCUCCAACGAUGAUGCCUUCCUCUCCCUCGGGAUCAUCUCCGCCUGCGCCGCCUUCGACCGCGUGCAGGUCGGUACAGAGCGGUGGGUCAAAAGUUCUGUGGUUAUCGUGGAUUUCGUUUCGUGGGGUUUUGUCAUUCCCACUGUCCCCAUUCCCCUCACCCCCUGUCCCCCCAUUACCCCACUUUUCCCUCGCUUCCCCGCUCACAUCCCUUUUCCCCCUGUCACCCCACUCCCCCUCACCACCCCCAAUGCUUGCACCCAUCUCAUUCCCCCCUUCGCCCACAUCAGCUUUACCCAUCCCCUGCUCAAGGAGGUGCGCGCGGUGAAGCACGAGGUGCUCUCCACCCUCGUGCAGGAAAAGCUGCUGAAGGAGGUGCUGUGCUGGGAGGAGAAUGAGACAGCACUCACACCCCGCCGAACCCAUCCUCACCCCUCUUUCUCCCCUCCUUCUACCCCUCAUUCCCCCAUUUUCCCACAUCAGCUCUACCCGUCAUACGAUGCGCUCACUCAGAGCGUGCUGACAGCAGCGCACGUGAACCCCGAGUUCAAGGCAUCAACCUUCAUGAAGCUGGCUGACCGCGUGCGCACAGCACUGCUCAAGGAGCUCUACCCGUCAUACGAUGCGCUCACCCAAAGUGUGCUGACAGCAGCUCACGUGAACCCCGAGUUCAAGGCAUCAACCUUCAUGAAACUGGCUGAUCGCGUGCGCACAGCGCUACUGAAGGAGGUGCGCGGGGUGAAGCAGAUGGCACUCACACCCACACUCCAACUCUACCCGUCGUACGAUGCGCUCACUCAGAGCGUGCUGACAGCAGCGCACGUGAACCCCGAGUUCAAGGCAUCAACCUUCAUGAAGCUGGCUGAUCGCGUGCGCACAGCGCUGCUGAAGGAGGUGCGCGGGGUGAAGCACGAAGUGCUCUCCACUCUCGUGCAGGAAAAGCUUCUGAAGGAGGUGCUGUGCUGGGAGGAGAAGGAGACGGCACUCACACCCCCCCAAACCCCUCCUCACCCCUCUUUCUCCCUCCCUCUACCCCCCAUUCCCCCUAAUUCGUCCACAACAGCUCUACCCGUCAUACGAUGCGCUCACCCAGAGCGUGCUGACAGCAGCGCACGUGAACCCCGACUCUACCCAUCAUACGAUGCGCUCACUCAGAGCGUGCUGACAGCAGCGCACGUGAACCCCAAGUUCAAGGCAUCAACCUUCAUGAAGCUGGCUGAUCGCGUGCGCACAGCGCUGCUGAAGGAGGUGCGCGGGGUGAAGCACGAAGUGCUGUCCACACUCGUGCAGGAAAAGCUGCUCGCUGCUGCUGUCAAAGCCGAGAGGGGCCGCGGCGCGGGAGGGAGAGGCGGCAAGGCGGAGAGAGGAGGAGCGGUGAAGGGAGGAGGGAAGGGAGUGGUGGGAGGAAGGGGAGAGGAGGCCGCGAAGGAGGAGGGGUGUGGAGGGGACGUGGUAGAUCAGUUGCUGUUCUGGGAGAGGCGCCGGGCCAUGCGGCAGCGCGCCGUUGUGCUGCUGGCUGCUACUGGCCAAAUGCCGGAUGUGAUGUCCUUAGCACGAGUCAGCGUGGCAUAUGCAUGGAACCUGGACGGCAUCACCACAUGCACGUACAUGCCACUGCUCUCCGACCCCUCCCACCCGCUCUACUUCCACAUCCCACCCAACCCCACCAACCCCUCCGCCUCCCCGCCGUCACCCGGUAACCACCCGGUGGUAACCGCACUCUCGCUCGCCCUGGAUGUUACCGCCAGCAGCCUGCAGCGGCCGCUAUCGGAUCUGAUGACUGCAAUGAUUGCUCUGGACGAGGUUGGGCGGCGGCUGAUAGAGACGGAACCCAUCUGUCACAUGGCACAGCACUCGGAGAUCCUUUCCGAGACCCUGGACAAGGUGUGCACGCCGGCCUUCUUUGCUGAAGCAGCAGCAGUGAAGCCAGUGGUGGCGUUCCGGGCCAGCAAGCGCAACAUCCUCGCCGUCCUCUCCGCCCGCCUCAAAUCCUCCUGCUCCGUGCAAUACCCCCACGAGGCUCAGGCCGCUGCCUCCGCCACUGCUGCCGCUGCUGCUCUAGGCAGCGGCAAAGGAGCGGCGGGAGGAGCGGGAGAGGGAGGGAGAGAGGCGAUGGAGGAUUUGGAUGAUGAGGAGCGGUUGGAUGAAUUCAUUCAGUGGAUUCGUGAGAAUGGCAUUCCCGACUUUGCUGCUCCAGGAUCCAUCUUCCAGCUGGUGUAUCGCAACUCCAAGCCAUCUGGCUCCAAGGCUGUUGCUGACACCUGGUUGAAGCCCAGGCGGCAGCUCACGGUGUAUGCAGGGCAAGCCAGGAAGCAGGCGGGGGAGCACAUGAUGAGCAUCCCACGGGACCUCUUCCUGGCUACAGACAAGAUGCUGCAGGACGGCGUGCCCUACCAGGGGCCUGUCUGGUCCACCGGCAUGGCCGCUGCCUGGCUGUGCCGUGAGAUGCUCAAAGGGAGAGAUUCGUUCUGGUGGCCGUACCUGCAGUUCCUGCCUCCGUCGGUCGGCUUGCCGUUUUUCUUCAAGCCGGAAACGCUAUUGGAGCUUGACUCGCCUGCUUUUGUGCAGAAGAUAUCAACCCAUCUGAACAACUACCGGUCGGAGUACAACCGCAUUGCACCGCACUUGCGUGCCAACACCACCUUCUUCGAGUACCUGUGGGCCGUCUCCAUCAUCAACUCGCGUGCCUUCGGCGACCAGGCGCGCAGUAACACCGUAACCAUCACGGUGGACGGGAAGGAGCAGGAGGUGCCGCUGGCGAGCGGGCCACUAGCACUCGUCCCGAUAGCAGAGCUGCUGGACCAUGAAGACAUGUUCCAGGCUCAGUAUGAUAUUAGAGCAUCGCAGUUUGACUUCAUAGCUUUGAUGCCCUUUGACAAAGGCACUGAACUCUUCACCUCCUACGGUCCCAAGGUGAACGAGGAGCUGCUGCUGGGCUACGGCUUUGUGCUGGAAGGCAACAAGCAGGAGAACGUGCUGCUCUUCCGCACGCUGCUCGAUGCAGUGAACCUGGUCGCCCUCGUCCUUCACCGCGACGCCGCCCGCCCCGGCAAGUGGGUGGCCGGCCCGGCCGGCGCGGGCGGGGCGGCGGGAGCGACAGGGGCGGCGGGGGCGGCUGGGGUGGCAGGGGUGGUGGGGAAGGGUGGCAAGGAGCGGGAGGAAGGGGGAGUGGGUGAGUGCCAUGCGGAGACUGGUGAGGGAGAGGGAGAGGCGGAGGAUGAGGAGGCGGGGGAGAAACGGGCAUGUUCUGCGAAGUAUGGGGAUGGGGCUGUGGAGGGUGGUGGUGUGGCGCUCUGGCGGGUGGCAGCCAAAGCAGUAGAAGCAAUAGCGAGGGAGCGUGCAGAGGCAGAGAAGCAGUUUGUGCACGUGGGGGCCAUGCCGCAGUACGUGGGGCGGCAGGAGAUCAGGAGGGAGAGCGAGGCGGAUGAGGUGAAUGGCGGCGUGGAGGUGCUGGCAGGGAAGUACAAGGACCCCAGCUUUGGCGUGUCUGUGUGGAGAGGAGGGAUCGUGGAGCCGAAUUUGCUGGCGGUGUUUGCUGCCAUUUGGUAUUACCUCAAGCACCAUUCAGAGCCCCCAGCCGACAUGGCCAAGUCAGUGCUGUACCUGGCCUGGGGGGUGAGCAACAGCGGGUGUCGCGACGUGGCCUCUCCCUUCUCCAACGUGCUGCCCGCCCUGCAAGCCGCGGCCGACACCGUUCGUCUGCUAGCGCAGGCGCGGCUGCAGCAGAUGCCGACCAGCAUAGAAGAAGACGAAGCGAUCCUGCGGGAGCUAGAGCGGUGCAAGAGCGGCGGGAAGGUGGGGGCGGGUGGUGGGGAGGGAGCGAAGGGUGGGAAACUGGGUAAGGAAGGCAAGAAGAAGGCAGCUCAGAGCAAGCAGCAGUAUAAGAAGGUGACAAGCCUGGAGGAGGAAGUUUCCGCGAAGCGUCUCAGCCGGCGCCGGCGCCGGCGUGCUGUUAGCGAAGGGAGGAUCGUGGAUGACUACAGCGAUGAUGACAACAGCGAGAGUGACAAUACCGAGGAGGAGGAGACGGAUGUGGAGCUUCGGGGCAGGAGCGAGGAAGAGGAGGUGAUAGACUGUGACGCGUGGGAGAGAGAGCAGGCCAGCGGGGAGACUGGCGAGGAAGGCGGCGGGUCGGAGAGUGGGAACGGCGGCGGCAGCGGCGGUGGUAGUGGUGAUGGAAAUCCGAAGAGGCUGACGGUGAUGGGGGUGCGGUGUGGGUGUGAGGCGCUGAGGGUGGAGGCGGAUGAGAGGAUGGUGGCAGUGCGGUUCAGGAAGACCAAGAAGGCCGUGCUGAAAGAAGUGAUAGAUCGACUCAGAAAGGCGUGUCCUUCCUCCGCCACUGCUUUCCUCUAG